UCUUCAGACAAUCUAACACACACAUACACAUACACAUACACAUACACAUACAGAAGUUUCAUCAUGCACUGCUCUCCUAAGACGGUGUUCUUGUUCCUCCUCUCCUGCAUUGUGCUGAUUUCCAACUACGGCCUCCUCACCGCAGCAAGUAACGUUGGCUUGAACUACGGCCUCCUCGGAGACAAUCUCCCGACUCCAUCAAAUGUUAUCAACCUCUACAAGUCCAUUGGCAUUACCAAAGUCCGUAUCUUCGACCCAAACACCGAUGUUCUUAAUGCCUUACGUGGCCACCACGACAUUGGAGUCACCGUAGGCGUCAAGGACCAAGACUUGGCUGCUCUUUCAGCCAGCGAAGAAGCUGUUAACGGCUGGUUCGCUACCAACAUCGAGCCUUACUUAACCGACGUCAACAUCACGUUCAUUACCGUAGGUAACGAAGUCAUCCCUGGACAGCUCGGUCCUCAGGUUCUUCCCGUCGUGACGUCUCUCACCAACCUCGUCAAGUCUAGGAAUCUUCCUAUCUCCAUAACCACUGUUGUGUCCAUGGCGAACCUCGGACAGUCCUACCCACCUUCCGCGGGAACGUUCACGUCCCAAGCGCGUGAACAACUCACCCCGGUGCUUAAGUUUUUGUCUCAAACAAAUACGCCAAUCCUCGUCAACAUCUACCCUUACUUCCCUUACGCAACCGACCCGGUGGACAUUCAUCUCGACUACGCCGUUUCCAAGAGCGAGGCCGUCGUGGUCCAAGAUGGACCAUUGGGAUAUUCAAACAUGUUUGAUGCAAUGUUCGACGCGUUCGUGUGGGCAAUGGAGAAGGAAGGCGUGAAGGAUUUACCAAUGGUGGUGUCUGAGACCGGGUGGCCGUCCGCUGGAAACGGGGAGCUUACCACGCCGGAUAUUGCAGCUACUUAUAAUGGAAACUUUGUGAAGCAUGUAGUUAGCGGCAAAGGGACACCGAAGAGGCCUAACAGUGGCGUCGACGGGUUUUUAUUUGCAACGUUCAAUGAGAACCAGAAGCCGCCCGGGACUGAACAGAACUUUGGAUUGUACAAUCCUGUUGACAUGAAACCCAUCUAUAAGCUAUUUUGAGUGUGAACGUUUAUUUGACUUUCCCGACUUUUUUUAUACAAAUUAUAAUGGUCUGGUUAUUAAACUCCUUAUAAAAAAAAUGCCCUGGUUGUUUUUUUGUAAAGAUUAACAACAAUACUGAAUACCCCAUGUAAUCAACUAUUGGUUUCGAU